UUUCUUUCUCAUCUAAAAUGAAAUGAAUUAAUAUAAAGCGCAGUAAGCCAGGUAUAACUAAAACUUACUUUUUUUGUUUCCAUUUUUUUCAACAGUUUCGGUAACAUUGGACUCUAGAAAAAAGCAAUGACUUUUAUUGCUAAAAAUUCUUUUCUGUGGCAGAAGAUAGCUAUUGAAUUGUGUAACACAGAGUCUGUCGCGAGCAUAUUGGCAUCCUUACAUAGAGGAGCCAAAAUUCUAGUCGUAAGAUUCGGACUUCACUCAGAGUAUGAAUCACGAAACAUAUUAGAGGUGGCAAAUGAAGCAAUUGCGGUAUAUCACUCUCAAGUAGCCCCAUGGAAACCCACAGUUGGAAUUGCGGCUGAAUUAAGUGGAUCUAUUCCCAGGGUAAAAUUCGGGCGAAAUCCUGGAUUCCAUGUCGUUAUGUCAGGACAGAAAAUAGUUCUAACAGUUGAUCAAAACUAUGAAAAUAAAUUUGUUGACAGUGUAAUCUAUGUUUCAAAUUUUGCCGAUCAGAUGCGAAGUUUACAGCGAGCAGACCUGUUGAGAAUUGGGCAGGUUCGAUUGAUAACUUGCAAAAUCCAGGGAAAAUUUGCGGUUUGUCGCGUACAGCAAUGCGUGGAAAACUUUAGCUUUCCAGUAAAACUUUAUUCAUAUCAAAAAGUUUUACUUAUUGAUUGUCCUCGAAAGUGGCAAGUUAGUUCGAAAGAACUUGAAGAGUGCCGGACCGCAAUUGAGAAUAAGUGUCAAUAUAUAAUGGUACCGGAUGCAGACAAUCAAGAAAUACUGUGUUCAAUCCAUGAAAUUCGACAAAACUUUCAAAGUCAACAACAUAUUCCCAAUAUCUUGAUUAGGACUGCUUUGUAUCUUUCGAAGGAAACGAUAGAAAAAUUUGCUGAACAUGCAGUUGGAAUUAUAACAAAUAACAACUCAAUAAUUGAAAACUGCCGACAGCAAAAGAUAUCCACAAUUUUCGAUAUGACUAAUGAGGUGAAUUUGGUUAUCAAUGAAACUGUUUUUCAUAACAUUGAUGGGGUUUUAACAAAUAUGGAACAGAUUGACUUGAUAAAAGAGAAAUUAGAAAAGCUUAACCAGAUGAAAACGAACGAAAAAAAUUGUAUCAACAAUGUGAUAGUUCAAGAAAAUGAUGUUAUAGAACAGUGCAUUGAAUAUGCCAGCAAUCAAUGUGCAGCAAAUGUUAUCAUGUUAUAUCUCUCAAAGGAUGUAAGCAAAGCUGAAAGUUUGUCUAGGAAAAAUCUUCCUUGCUGUGUACUUGUAGCUAUUGACCAUGAAGAUCAAGCAUAUCAAUUGCUUUUGAAAAAAUAUUGCAUCCCCAUUGCUAUACCGAGUAAUGUACAAUCUCACAAGGCACUGAUCAAGUAUUUGACUGUGUAUGGUAGACGGUUUGGAUAUUUGAAACCAGGCAACCUGACAGUGACCAGUGUUAGGCAACAUUCUGUUCGAAGCAUAGAAUUACGUUACGUUCCGGAUGAUUAUCUGCUGUCGUGUCAGUUUACUUGCACAGAAUAAACAUACCUACCUUUCUCCUUA